AUGACAGCUCCAGCGCCAACACUGGCUGUACAGGCUACCUUACGCCGCGACAGCUCGGAAGAAGCGUCGCCGUCGCUCGGUACGCCCAACAUGACCAACGACAGCAAAGAAAAGGUCGCGCUCAGCGAGGUACCAGAACCCCCUGUUGCUCUUCUGCGCGCCGCUCCAGGUCAAGGACAGCCCAUGCAACCUGGUGGGCCAGGAGCACCGCUUCCAGUCGAGCUACCACUCUCUCGUCGCGUUCUUCUCGUCGCCAUCACAAUGUUCGUCAUCGUCCUCGGCGCUGGUGGACAACAGGGCCUGAACAUUGCCCUGCCCAGUAUGCAAAAGGACUUGAACAUUGCCCAGAACGACUUGCAGUGGAUUUCCUCCGCGUAUGGCCUGGCGUCAGGAUGUCUCGUACCUCUCUCAGGCCGCAUUGCCGAUGUCUACGGCCGAAAACUCUGCUUCAUCAUCGGUGUCGGGUGGUAUUCCGUCUUCAACCUCAUCGGCUCAUUCCUCAAUCACCGAAUCGCUGUCAUCGUCACCCGCGCCCUCACUGGCAUGGGUGCCUCCUUGAGUGCUCCCUCGGCCUUUGGCCUGAUUGCAGCCAACAUUCAUGGCAAGAACCGGGCCACUGCAUUUGCAAUCUUCAGCGCAGGUGCUCCUCUAGGUGCAGGUGCCGGUAUGAUCCUCGGAGGUGUGUUCACCGCCUACACUGAGCCUGGUUGGCGCGCCGUGAUGUGGUUUUUCGCUGGCCUCGGCUUCCUCGCCACAGUACUGGCGUUUGUUUUCGUGCCAAAGGACAGGCUCAAUCCAGGCGCCGACAAGCGUAUCGACAUCCCGGGCGCGAUUCUCGUCACCGCAGGUCUGGUGCUGUUUCAGUUCAGCAUCUCGUAUGGAUCCAGUGCAGCCAAAGGCUGGAGGACGCCUUACAUUCCCGCUCUUUUCUCAGUGUCCGUGAUCCUCCUCGCUACGUUCUUCUUCUGGGAGUACCACGUCCAGCACCACACGAACCGCCCGCCACUCAUCAGCCUGGCACUCUUCACGCGCGCAAAGGGCCGCCUCGCCGCCAUGUAUCUCGUCGGAUUCAUCGCAAUGGCAGGAUUCGUCAGCAUCAUCUUCAACGCCACUCUCUUCUACCAGCAGGUCCAGGGCGUUAGCCCCAUGACUGCAGCUCUCCGGUUCCUCCCCUGCACUGUGUCUGGCCUGAUUGCCACGCUGUCGCUCUCCAAACUUAUCCACAUUGUCCCAGGCCGAAUCAUCAUCUGCACUGGGUUCCUGUGCACUGGUAUAGCAGCUGUUUUCCUGGCCGUUUCGAAGAGAGACCAGCUCUACUGGACAUUCCCGUUCAACGCCAUGUGGCUGGUGAUCCUGGGCGUUGAUUUCCUGAUGGCAACCGGCGCUGCUUUCGUCUCGCGAUUUGCUCUUCCGCAGGAGCAGAGUGUUGCUGGAGCGCUAUUCCAGACCCUUGUUCAGCUCGGUGGCGCACUUGGCCUCGCCCUCACGUCAGUCAUGGCCACUACAGAACGCCAGAAGGCGCUUGCCAAGGGGAUGGAUUACAUCGACGCGUUACACAAGGGCCUUUCCGCGUCAUUCUGGCUCAGCGCCGCCCUGAAUUUUACCGUCUGCAUUAUCGCUCUUAUCAUCCUCCGUGGCUUGGGUAUUGUUGGCGGCCACGGAAAAGGCGGCAAGCCAGGAGCUGCACCAAAACCGCCGAGCGAGCCAACGUCGGCUGCGACGUCCGACGACGACAAGGACAAGGAGACGGAGAUUGACGAGGAGCGCAAGGAGCGCAAGGAGGAGGUCUAG